GUCACACCCUCAAAAAAUGGCCGCUGACAACCACACAAGUCACCGUGUUGCCAUGGAAUAGCAUGGAAUUAAACCUUCUUCAGUGUAUGUGUUUUGUGAAAAAACCAAAACAGGAGCUUCAGGAUUUUUAUAAAAAAACAUUGCUCUAUUUGUUAUAUAAUCCAAAUACAAAGGAACAUGGGAGGCCACGGUGGUCACGGUCAUGGUCACGAAGAGCCCUUCCAGGUCCCAGACUAUAGGAUUUACAAGGUAGAAGACGUUCCAGAGCUCAUGGCUACAAAAAGAGCCCUACAAUCGCUUGGUUUGAAGGACCCAUGGUUGAGGAAUGAAGUAUGGAGAUACAAUCCUAAAGAGUUUGGCACAGAAAGUGGCAGGUUGCGUCUGGCAUUCUUCAGAGGUUUCAAGUAUGGUUUUGCAGCUUUUGUGGUGACAGUUGUUGGCACAGCAAUUUAUGAUAAAGUGUUCCCUGAUGAACAUGGCCAUGGACAUGGUGGCCAUCACUAAUGUGUUGUAAAUAUGUAGAGUAGAUAUAAUAAAUUGUUCAGUUUUUCCAGUACUAUGAUCAUUAUUCAAUCCAGCUCCAGUAUUAUACAAAACAAUCUAC